AUGGAAGGUUACAGAGCUCAAAACUGUCAUGGUGUUUUACGGCCAGCUUCACUGAUAGCACAGUUACCGAUGAUCAAUGAGAGCUUUCAAACUGGAAUGCAGCAAUGUGCCGCCGAGUUUUUCUUGGAUUUCACGCGAGCAUUGGAUAUAACUUCCUUGGAUUAUUGCGACAAGGGAAUUGUUCCAUCACAUUGCGAUACUUCUUUCCUAAACUCUUUCCAAUUUAGUCUGAGAAGUGAGGUAAAAUGUCUUCUCUGUGGAGAUAUCUCAAAAUCCACCACCAAGGAAACAUUGCUUCCGCUACCUGUAAAAAAG